AUGGACACUGUCUUGCAUUACGCUGAUCAGUUUGUCUUUGAUAAACUUUAUGCCAAGGUUUGGCCAUCAUAUACCAAGCAAAUUGCUGGAGCAAUCGUCUCUUCCUGGCCUCGCGAUGAUUUCUGGCGUAUCAACCUGUCUCUUUUCAUGAUUACCUGUAUAUUCGGUUGGAUCCUUUAUUUGGUCACUGCUUCUCUUUCAUACUAUCUUGUAUUUGAUCAUGACUACAUGAAGCAUCCUAAAUUUUUGAAGAAUCAAGUUCGCAUGGAGAUUGAAUGUGCUGUUGGUGCAAUCCCUUGGAUGACAAUGCUCACUCUUCCCUUCUUCACUGGCGAAGUCUUGGGUAAAUCCAUGUUGUAUGGUGGUAUGCCCAAGAACGUAUACGAAUGGCUUUACCUGGCUGCUUCUGUACCUUCUUUCUUGUUCUUUACUGAUUGUGGUAUCUACUGGUUCCAUCGCUGGAUGCAUCAUCCUUUGAUCUACAAGCAUCUUCACAAGCUCCACCACAAGUGGGUCAUUCCUACUCCCUUUGCUUCCCAUGCUUUCAACCCUUGCGAUGGUUUCCUCCAAUCUCUUCCUUACCACUUGUAUGUCUUCAUGAUCCCUAUGAACAAGUACUUGUAUCUCUUCAUGUUCACUUUUGUUAACUUUUGGACUGUGAUGAUUCAUGAUGGUGAAUUCAUUUCUCAUUCUUCUGUAAUCAACACCAGUGCUCACCAUUUCGUUCACCACGUUUACUUUAACUACAACUAUGGUCAAUACUUCACCUUCUGGGAUAAGCUUGGCAACUCUCACCGUCAGCCCACCGACGAACAAUACGACAAAGCCCUUCGCGAUGAUCAAAAGGUGAUGGCUCGUCAAGCUCAUGACGCUGAGGAGAUUGAGGGUGAGACCCUUGGUUUAAAGCCCAAAACUCUUUAA